AACGUAGUCCUUUUUAAAAUAUGAGAUGAUUACUGACUCAAAGUCACUGACUUGUUGCUUGUUUUUGAAUUGUAAACAUCAAUCACGACUAUGUCUCUUGUGGGUAUUAGAGUUGUUAGGGGACCGCAUUGGAAAUGGAACGAUCAAGAUAGAGGUGAAGGUAAUCUGGGCACCGUCUGCGAGGAACUCGAUGAUGUGUCACAACUUGUCAUAGUUAAAUGGGACCAAGGUACUUGUAACAACUAUAGAGCCGGACAUGAAAAUCAGUAUGAUCUAAGGAUCUUCGACAAUUCAUAUUUAGGCGUUAUUCACAAUAGUGUGUGCAAGGGUUGCAACAUUAAAAGCAUUAUUGGCAUGAAAUAUCGAUGCUCCACAUGUAAAUGCUACGACCUCUGUACCUCUUGUUAUCACAACAAUAAACACAAUGUAACCCAUGUAUUCACAGUGUUUCCAACAAAUACAUCAAUUGGAAUAAAUCUUCCUUCGAGGAUGUGCUCAAAAAAGGCAAAACUCCGUUACGGUUCUACAUACUACUACGAUCAUUUGCCAUUAUUAGGUAAAAACUAUGAAAAAAUUGUGAAAACUGACACAAAAAACGAAGCGGAACAGAUCCAAAAUUUAGAGAAGGCAAAACAUUGCAUCGGUUGCAAUAAACCAUCGUCUGAAAACGUCACAUUUGAGCCAUGCAACCAUAAAUUAGCAUGCAUUGAUUGUUCCGAAUUGUUUACGAUUUGUAUGAUCUGUCGCGUACCCAUAAAAAAACGUAUUAGUGUAGAUAGUAAGAUUCUUCCGAAUCCAGAAGAGGCUAGACUGCGUAAACUAGAAGAUGUGCUUCAUAAACUGGAAGAGUUGUAUUUUUGCGGUAUUUGCUCCGAAUAUGUAGCUAAUACUUUAUUUAUUUGCGGCCACAAAGUAUGUGAAAGUUGUUCUGAACGACUGAGUACUUGUCAUAUGUGUAGAAAAUUAAUUUCUUUGAGACUUACUAUUUGAUUAUUAUUUUUAUUUUAUAAAUAGAAUUUGCUUGUUUACUACAAUUAUAUUUUAAAUAAAAUGGCCAUACUAGAAACUCAACAAAAUACCAUAAUAAGCAAAUAAAAACAAAAUGAUCUGCUGCAAAGGGCUACCGACCAUAAGUCGUUCUGCCCUCGAAAUUAAAUAUAAUAAAUACAUACUAAUAUUUGCAUGGACAGGUAUAAAUUAGUUUUUUUUUAUUGUAACUGUUUUGAAAUUAGAAGUAACAUUCAUUGGA